AGGACGCAAGGAGUAGACGCAAGUGUUACGUGUAUGCAAUUCAGGAUCUAGGAUGUACCCUUUCAGCCAAGCGUCACCGUAACCAGGGAACCUUCCCGUCCGUCCACCGGGCCGACUCUAUUGUUCCGGUCGAACCGAUCGUGCCUCUCGUCCGGCGGGCCUGCAGCGUCUCUUAUGGUCCGACAUGAUGUUGUUGUAACGUUAAUGUGCUGAGGGAGAAAUGAUGUUAUCAUCACCGUGGUGACAGUGGAGCGUGAAACAGGGAUGAUCAUGGGAGACAGAAGGAGGUCACCAUGUUCCAAAAUCUAUCCAAAUAUGCCCUCAUCUUCCUCUUCAUAGCCCUUUCUGGCCUCAUCUUCUUGCUAUGCAACAUCCACACCGUGGAGAACUGGAACUGCCACACAAUUUCAGCCCUGUACCAGCUCCAGAGCAGAAUCCAGUCAUCCUUCAUCCCGGUGGGUGUCCCUACUUUUAAUCACAACCACACCUUCUGUGCACAUUUAGGCCAGAAACCCUCCCCUGAAGAUGUACUGGAGGAGCGCUACCUGUUGGACUCAAUCGCCUGGCCUCUGCCUCCGUUUCGCUCCACACAAAUUGUUCUGCGCCAGACGAGUGACCCUGUGCACAGCCUGUUUGCCAUCCUCCCCACUAAAGCGGGGUGGGAGUGGCAUGUGGAUGACCAGCUGGAGGUCCUUAUCCAAAUGCAUGACUUCCAUGGUCAACCCAAGCACUAUGGCGGGGAUUUCCUUUUGGCUCGACUGCACUCCCCAGAGCACGGAGCAGGUGUAGCAGGGACGGUGCAGGACCACAAGAAUGGAUUUUAUUCUGCUCUGUUCCCGCUCCUCUGGGUGGGAUCUGCACAGGUUGAGAUCACGAUGGUGCACUCCAGCGAGGCCGUUGCUGUGUUGCGACGGCUGAGGGAAGAAAGACCUGAUCGUGUGUAUUUCAAGAGCAUGUUUCGCUUAGGAUUCCUUUCUGAAACGACUGUGUGUAACAUGUGCCUGCCCCCUGAGCAGCAGCCACUGUGCAACUACACAGACCUCCACACAGGCGAGCCCUGGUACUGCUACAAGCCUAAGAUGCUCAGCUGUGAACACAGAAUCAACCAUGCCAAGGGAGGCUACCUGAAACACAUCAUCACCAACAAGGAAGCAUUGCUCUUUCAGAGUGGUGUAAACAUCAAAGUUCACAUACAUGCUUCAGGAACUGACAGGAUCAAUGUGCUGCCUUCAAGGACAGAUAUAGUAGACGUAGAAAGCAGCACUAUAAAGCCAGAACCUAUUACGCUAGCAUCGUCUGGAUAUUACUACGAGGACACAUGGAGGCCAUUAGAUGGCUUUACAAUGCGCCAGUUCAAUGAAUCAUCUGCCAUCACUCAGUGUUUGAAGAACAAGGUGAUCAACAUGUAUGGAGACUCUACCGUCAGGCAGUGGUUUGAGUACCUCAUUAAUAUUUUACCAGAAUUAAAGGAGUUCAACCUACACAGUCCUAAAAAUGUUGGACCUUUCAUGGCGGUGGACAGCACCCAUAAUAUUCUCUUGAAGUACCGCUGUCAUGGUCCUCCCAUCCGCUUCUCCACAGUCAUGUCCAAUGAGAUGCGAUAUAUUUCCAAUGAAGUGGACGGCCUCCCUGGGGGCCCCAACACUGUUGUGGUCCUCAGCAUCUGGGCCCACUUCAGCACCUUUCCUGUGGAGGUGUAUAUACGGCGGCUUCGUCACAUCCGGCAGGCACUGGUACGACUCAUGGACCGAGCACCGGAGACAUUUAUUGUAAUCCGCUCAGCCAACCUUCAAGCUCUGGACCAAGAGGUGAGCCUGUACAACAGUGACUGGUACUCCUUGCAGCUCAACACGGUACUCAGAGCCAUGUUCAAGGGAAUGAAUGUUCUGCUGAUAGACGCCUGGCAAAUGAGUUCAGCACACUACCUCCCUCACGCCCUCCACCCACCUCCACCUAUCAUCAAGAACAUGAUGGAUAUGCUUUUGUCUUACAUUUGCCCAUAGAAGAAAAAGAGCCAACAGGAGUAGAAGAGCUGUGAGUAUAGUGA